AUGGACGGCAAGCGUCCAUGGCCCGCUGAUGCUCGCUGGAGUGUCUCCGGCACACGCAAACGGCAACGAACUCUCCUUGAAGACUGGGACAUAGCCUGGAUCUGCGCAUUACCGACAGAGCUUGUGGCCGCGGAGGCCAUGCUAGACGAGGAGCAUGACGCCCUCCCUCUCCAUACUUCCUAUGGCAAUGCCUACACAGUCGACACCAAUACCUACACUCUGGGAAGCAUCGAGGGACACAGCGUUGUCAUCACUUGCCUACCAGCGGACCAAUAUGGGACCAAUAAUGCGGCAAAUGUGGUCACAAACCUUGUCCGUACAUUUCCAUCAACCCGAUUAGCACUGAUGGUCGGCAUUGGAGGGGUUGUGCCGGGUAGCGCCAACGACAUACGCUUGGGAGAUGUUGUCGUUGGUACGAGGACGAUGCAAUACGAUCUCGGCAAAAUUGGAACAGGCGCCGAAAUUCAACGCACAGCAAUCCCAAGGACUCUCCAUCAUUCCUUUGGCAAAGCCAUCACAGUCCUUCGGGCGAAACACGAUCGAGAACCCAGCCGAGUUCCUCAAAUCCUGAAAGAAAGAUUUGAGACACUUCCGCAUUACGGUCGUCCGAUAGCCGCUGAUCGCCUUUUCCUCUCAACGUACGACCAUCCGGAGCCAUCAGAUCCAUCGAUUGCGUCUGGCAAUCAAGUCAUGAAGAACGCCGCCGAGAGAGACACUGCUGCUCGUACUCUUGAUGUUGUGUGUUUUGAAAUGGAGGCUGCGGGUAUCAUGGACAUUGUUCCUUGCCUGCCAAUUCGAGGGAUCUGCGACUACGCAGAUUCCCACAAGAAUAUGGACUGGCAGAGGUACGCGGCAGCUGCAGCGGCAGCAUACACUAGAGAGCUCUCCGUACUCCCCUCGGCUGACUCUGGUACACGAGCUGUCUCUCGUGUUGGACCUUCACAAGUUCAUCCCAAUCAGCAACAAGUACAGAUUCAGCUGAUGGAGACUCUUAAAUUUGACCAGAUGGACUCUCGUCGAUUAACUGUCAAGAAGGCACAUAUCAAAACCUGCGCAUGGUUCAUCAAACAUCCAGAUUACCAAAAAUGCCUUAACAAGGAUGAUCUCGAGGAGCAUCACGAGUUGCUUUGGAUCCGUGGUAAGCCAGGCGCGGGAAAAUCAACAAUCAUGAAAUUCGCCUUAUCAAUCGAAGGGAUGUACCGUUCGUUGCUAUUCCAGCUGUUGCAAGGGCAUUCCCAACUUCUAUCAAGGAAUGAGGGUUGCCCCAGCUUGGACACGCUCAAAGAUCUGUUUUCUCAAGCCGUUCUUGCGCUUGGCCAACUUCGGCUGACUUGCUUCAUCGAUGCUCUGGACGAAUGCGACGAGCAACAAAUCAUGGACAUGAUCCGAGAGUUCGAGGACUUAGCGGAAGAAGCGUCAACAGACGGCAUCACCCUUCGAAUUUGUUUUUCCAGUCGACAUUAUCCAUAUAUUGUCGUCAAAAGGGGGGUGGAAAUGGUACUCGAGAAUCAACCAGGCCACACGCAAGAUAUGGGAAACUACAUCAAAAGUCGCCUUCGGUUUAAUAAUCCCACUCCUGUCGAAGAUCUGCACGCCGAACUUCUGGAAAAGGCCGCGGGUGUGUUUCUCUGGCUCAUUUUAGUCGUUGACAUCCUCAAUACCGAGUACUCGCAAGGUGGACUGGCUUUGAAGAAAAGACUCAUCGAGUUACCAAACAACCUGGGCGCCCUAUUCAAGGACAUCUUGACGCGUGAUACCAAGAAUAUGGAAGAGCUGUUCUUGUGCGUCAUCUGGAUCCUCUGUGCCAAGAGGCCUUUACGACCUGAAGAGUUCCACCAUGCACUCUGGUUUGGUCUAUUCCCACGUGGCCAUGCUGAUCCCGAUCCUCCAAAAGUUGGCGGGUCUGACGCUGGGGAGAACGCAUCGAGAUGCGUAAUUAGCUUCUCAAAAGGGCUGGCAGAGAUUACCAAAUCCGCCCAGCCAAAAGUCCAGUUCAUACACGAAUCUGUCAGAGGCUACCUUCUCAAGGCUGGAGGACUUUCCGAACUAUGGCCCGAACUGGGCUUCGACUGGGAGCUACCGAGCCACGAAAGAUUGAAAGAUUGCUGCGACGCGUACAUUCGCCAUUACUUGGCCUCAACUUCGACUUCGGAAGAAUCUUUGAGGCAGUAUCCAUUUAUGGAAUACGCAAGCCAGCAGGUGCUCUUCCAUGCCGACAUCGCGGCCGCUGGCAUUUCUCAAGAUCAAUUUCUGGUCCAGUUUCCGCUGGGAAAGUGGGUUGGCAUUUACAACCACUUUGAGAAGCACAAAGUACGCCGCUACAGACCUGAAACGAAUCCCAUAUACAUCUUUGCGGAAAUGGACUGCUCGAGGCUCAUACGUUCAAACACAAGCGAGAGUUUGCAAUGUUUUUCUGCAGACAGGUACGAAUAUCCUCUGUUUGCUGCGCUGGCCCAUGGGAACAGCAAGUCAGUUGCUGCCAUCCUGAGAACAUCAUCCAUUGUUCACAAUGGACUGAGCAUAAUGGAAGGUUUGCAACAUAGGAAGGAUUUGUCAUACUUCAAGGGACGAACGCCAUUAUCAUGGGCUGCUCACAAUGAUCGGCUCAGUAUGGUCGCCCUUAUUCUACAAGCCGGGGGUAAGGUCAAUAAACCUGACCGUGAGGAGUUUACCCCACUCAUGCGAGCAUCUAAGCAAGGCCAUGAAGCGGUUGUAAAGCUUCUUAUCGACCAUGGAGCAGACGUAAAUGCCAGAAGCAAAAAUGAAGGCGAUGAGCGGAUUGUACAGAUACUUAUUGACAAUGCACUACAUUUUGCUACCAACGGAAGGAAUUCCACAGGAAUAUACAGGCGUUACGACUUGUCUUUAGACUUCUACAAUAGCAAUGAUGAUUGCGAUGCGGCAAUGCAACCUGCUCUCCUAAACGUCGACCAGGUGAUCGCCAAGAUUGUUGUUAACGGUGGACCAGAUAUCCAACCGGGCAAUCACCAAGGGCACUCGGCAGUUAAACUUGCUUCGUCAUUCGGCUAUGAAGAGAUCACACGACUUCUCGAUGAUAACGAUGCAAAUUUUGAACCAAUGAAUACCCGAUUACCUGAGAGGCUACUCGUUGACGGUCGGGCAGAUAUUAAUGCAUUGAACCGUGCCGGAUACACAGCGUUACACCUUGCUACGUUUAGAGCAGACCCUAAUACCAGACGGGAUGGAUGCGACUCACCAUUAUUCUCAGCCAUAUCAAUCCGCCGAGAAGAUAUGGUAGAAAACAUGUGA